UCCUCACUCGACAAGAUAUAUACCAAAGUAGAAAUAUCGAAGAUAUGGAACACAUCUCGAUGAAAUUGAUCUUCUUGGUUACUCUUUUGGUUUUCACUGCUGAUACGUUCUAUGUUUCGAAUACAUACGACGAACAAAUUCUAAUAUAUAACAUCAAUGAUGCAAAUGCAUUGAAACACGAUACUCAUUCACGUCGAAUACGACUAACCUCAAUGCAAAUCUCGCGCAAAUAAUUUCUUUUCGCCGUUAGAAUUUAGAGAUAUGAAUUUGUGUCGGCUAAUUUUUUAUUUUUGGGCAUGUUGCAUGCAGGUGUAACGAACAAUGGAGCAAAAGAAUUCACCGGAGAUAACAACGACGACGUCGACUUGGGGGCCUCGGCUUUCUCAUUAAAGAAUAUGUUCUCAAGAGUGAAGUCAUGUGGUUGCACAUUCGGAAUUUGCGUUUGCAAGCUGCAUGGCGGAACAACUCUGUCGUCUUCCCGACCACUCGGCGCCAGAGGUAAUGACGAUGAUGUCGUGGAAAUCGGGAUUUACCACGUUAAAUGCGAGCUAGUGACGACGUGUAGUUGUUUGUUCCGAACUUGUUUUUGCCUGGAGCGCAGAAAGCCUACAUCAUCUCUCCAAUCGCACGACGCCGAGGAGCGCAGAAACCCUAGUGACGACGUGUAGUUGUUUGUUCCGAACUUGUUUUUGCCUGGAGCGCAGAAAGCCUACAUCAUCUCUCCAAUCGUUUGAAAUUGUAGGUUAGGUUGAUGAUGAAUUUCCGGUGUCUAGUUUCUCGAUUAUAUAGAUUCGUCAUAACACAGAAUGUAUUGAUCUAGUGCUAGCUAUCUAGAAGUAGUCUGCUCAAUAAAGAGAUCACUUUUCU